CUCAAGGACCCCGCUACCGCGACUUCCAGAGUCAGCAAUCCCCACACCCGCACUCCUCGCCCAAAAUCAAACGCUUCUCCCCUCCAAAACCCCAACGCCUCGCCGUCGCCGGCCUCGCCUCCGCCGCGGGUUCCGCCAGAAGCGAUGCCCCGGAAGCUGCGGGCGCGCCGCAAGAGCCACGCCCUCGCCGGAGCCGCCCCUAACGCCGACCUCGUCCAUACCCUCUCCGCAUGGGUAUCCAACCCAGCUCAAACCCUCGCUUCGGUGGCGACACAGGGUCGCGACGACACGGAGAAGCGGCGGGUGGUCGGUGUGGUGGUGGCAAAGGGCUGCUUGAAGCGGUCGGUGGGUGGUGCGAGCGGCGGGGGUUCCGGUUCGUCCAAAAAGGUGAGCUUUGUGUUGGAGCCCCAGGUGCGGGUCAUGUCACCAGCUGCUGCCAACACAAGGGGGAGGCGGAAUGGCGGGGAGACCGUUCCUGUUCGUGGUGCAGACGUAGGCGGAGGGAGGCCUUGUCGUCAGACCCGUGUCCAACUUGGUGGUGGUUCUGCUCCAGUGGUAGGGGCACAUGCUCCGGUUAGGCGGUCUAAGAGGAUUGCGAUGAAUUUGGGUGCUGGAGUUGAGCAGCUUACUGCUCCGGCUAAAGCAAUUGCAGCAGCUCCGGCACCUACUGAUUUAGCACCUUCUAACAUAGUUGGAAGUAAUGCUCCCAAGGCUGAGGAAGAAGAUGAGGUAGAAGAAACUGUUGGCAAGACGCGGAACAAGAAGAGAAAGUGCAUGGAUAGUUCUGUGCAUAUGGUUCCUCGUAGAUGCACAAGGUCGAGCGGCCGGCUAUCAGCAGCCCCCUUGGUGUGCUCUCAUGUGCUUGAGAAGAGAGGGCGGAUGAAGGCAACAUAUGUUAAGGAACAGACAUGUGUUGAGGAGCAACGUGCUGAAGAUCAAGACUUAGGUAGAACACUAAAUUCUGGAUUAAUUGCUCUUGAGAGCAAGAGAAGUUGCAGCAAGGUGCAAGAAGAUGAACUUGCUGCGCAAAGGGCCCCUAAGGAGGAAACAUCAGGUAGGGCCACAAGAUCAAGCUCAAUAGCAGCUGCUAUGAUGUCUCCCGUUGUCGUUGAGUACAAGAGGACAAGGAACACAGAAGAUGCACGCUCUGAUGGGGAGAUGCCUGUAAUGGAUGCUCCUGUUCCCGGUGGUUUAAGGAGUAGAGCUGGUCAGGGUGACAAUGGUGUGGUGGAGGAAAAUCACUUUGUCAAGAGACUGGGAAAUAGGAGGGGACCCAGUAAACCAACUACUUGCAUCAACAGGCAUCAACAUCUUGCAUCUUCUAUAGAGGAAGAAUAUCAAGAACAAGUUGUUGCUCCCUUUAAGGCCCGUCCACUGAGGCAAUCUAGGCGAAACCAUUCCGCUGCCAGCGAAUUGCUGUCCGCGCACAAUGCGGCCAAUGACGGCAUAGAGGAUAAUGUGGUGAAGGAAGGCGAACAUUUGGUGUUACUAAGGAAUGGCAGCGCUAAGGAUUGUGCUGGUGCAGAGGAGCAAGUGGCCGAGGUGGUAGUGAGAAAAGGAUGUUUGAAGCAUCCAGGGACUGAUGCGAGCAGUGGCAGCUCCAGUGCUGCCAAAAAGGUGAGAUUUGUGUUGGUGGAGCAGGCAGAAGCAGAGACGGUGGGACUCAGGAGGCCGUGGGUAACAUGGUCCCCGGUUGUUGCCAAGACAAGGGGUAGGCAGAAGGCCAGGGUGACUCUUGCUGGUGCAAAAACAGGCGGAGGAGGGCAUCAGCGGACGAGUGUUGAUGGUGAUUCUGAUGGCGAAGGUGCCGAUGCUGGAGAUGCAGGUUCAGAUGCCCGGUUGAGGUUGUUCAAGAGGAAUGUGGGGAAUUUCGGUGCUGGUGAUGGAGUUGAGAAGGUUGUUGGAGCUGCAAGUCGGAAUACCACCUCCAAGGCUGAUGUCGAAGAUGGGGAUGUAGAAGCAGUUGAUAGGAAGCGAAAGGCCAGCGAGAAUGCUGAGGAUAUAGGGUAUGUUUGGUUGAUGACUAGCAUUGCCACAACUAACCUUAGUCAAAUUUUGUCUGCCACAAAAAGUGUGGCAAACAAAAUGGCCACCAAAAUUGUUGCAAACUUUGGCAAGAAACUGAGUAUAUGACAUGUGGACCAUGGUGUAAUAAAGCGUGGUAAUGGACCAAAUAGAUGCCUAAGGAACUGCGGCAUGACUAAGAUACAGUGUGCCAAUGUUAGUCUACAUACCAAGCAUGCCCAUAUUUGUUAGUGCUCAAGUUAGAGUUCCUCUCGUAGAAGCAAGAUGUUGAGUAUUCUCUUGUCGCCGGCCUCUUUCCUGUGGUCUCUGUCGUUAGGAAGAAAGAGAGGGCAGAUAAAGGCAGGAAUGGGCAGACGGUGUGAAGCAACAAAAUGCGUUGAGGAGUAACCUGUAGGAUUUCUGUAGAAUUCUAAGAUAUGGACUGGGUUUUGGCUGAUCUGAAACCCAUUAAGAUGUUUAUAAUCUGUGAACUCUUUUGGUGAUUUCAGUUCAGGGCAAAUGUUGUAGCCUCUCGGACUAAAUUUAUGAAUGCACUGGUUAUGCACUAACUAGUGUGAUAUCUCUCCAAGAGUCAUGAGUAUUCUCUUGGUGAUUUCAGGGUUGAUGACUAAAUCUUUCUUGAUCAACUUUCUGAAUGUCUGGUUACAGUUUUUGGAGCUUCAAGUCCAUAGCUAUAAUGUAAUAGGUUAGAUUAGUUGCAGCAACUCAAGGCGAAUAUGAUGAUGGUUUGGUAGAGUAUAUUAUAGAUGGUGCGUUCACACAAUAUUCAUCAUCGACACUUGACAGAGGCAGAUCCCACCGCUAACCUCAGCAGCAAUAGUUGCAACCAAACAUGGGCUGAAUGCGAAAGGGACAGCCUGACAGCGCGCACAGUACCCCCACCGCGUGGCGGAAGAUCUCCGCAACUGCUACGACGACAUCUACUCCAACCUCCUCUCCAGCAGCAAGGUUGACACUUCUUCUCCAACCUCACCCUUAUGCAAGCACUGACUUGGAAGCCUGAUAAAAAUCUCAAGGUUACAUUUUUUGUUCAAGAUUAAUAUACUAACUUCUGAUUAUGUGUGCUUGUUAUGCUAAAUCACCUGAUGACCACGGGUAUCCAGGAAUAUCACAUACUGUCGUCAUACAUUUUCAGAGUUCUAAGUAUUUGCUUAUGGUGGACGAGAAGUUUUUGAGAUUCGUGGUGUUACUUUAUCCAUCACGCUUCAUUAGUGUUUAGUUAUGUGACUGCUUCUAUUAGCAAUAUUUCGUGGGAUAAAACAUUUUGCCGGUAAUUGCUCUGGUCAUGGGAUGUACUCUCAAAAUGCAAGACGGUAUGUAUUUCUACACUAGAUUGUUCUGGGUUAGAACAGGCACAUUAAUAUAUCUGUUCAUUUUCCUUUUUGUGGUCUAUUUUGCAGGGAUGCUCGCUCUGCCUGGUAGCUAUGGGUCCAAAGUGUGCAUAACUCUUGCUAACCUGGACGUACUGUCUUCUAGAAACAGGAUUGUUGGUGUUGAGCUGUUGAUCACUCUAUUGAAUGGAUUGCUGAAAGAGGGCACCUUUUGGAGUCGGUUGAAGACAACGGUGCAUAAAACACAUGGGCCUGCUCUUAAUCUCAGGACGCCAUGGGAGAAAGCGCGUGACCUUCUAGUAUUCUUGAAUACUAGAGAUGAUUCUUUAUUCACCAUGGAAGAUUUGUGCUAAUUAUGCAUACAGAGGUAGAGAUGUAACAGUCGAAUUUGCUCUAUGUUUAAAGUGUAUCAAACCUGACAUUAGCUACUUGCAAAUGUGUGCACAACUGUCA